UUUAAAAAAUUAUUCUCAAUUAAAAGUAUGUGAAUUAAAAUGUUAUACUAAACAUAAUCAUAGUCUCGAUCCUGAUAAAAUUAAUGAAUUUCUUACAUCAUUUUGGAUUGAACGACGAUGGGUAUUAGAAAUAAAUGUUGAUCCUGUACAUUUCUUAUAUUCAACUACACCAUAUGAGUACGUAACGCUUGUCUGA